UUUGUUUGUUCAUUUAAAACAUUAUUGAUAAACAAUUUCACAUCCAUAAAAUCUGCUGGAAAUUGUGAACACGAUGACAGUGAUGGAACAUUGGAUAAUUUAAAGCAAUUUAUCGAAAGUGGCACAAAUUGUUUGUUGAAAGAACCAGAAGAAAAUAAUAUUAUUAAUAUACCCAUGUUAGACCUACCAAAUACAUUCGAAGUAUGUGAUUUCACUGAUAUGACAAUUGGAUAUAUAAGUGGAUAUUUAGCUCGUACGGAGCUAAAGGAAAAUAAAUUUUGUAGACUUUGUAAAAAUGUUCUUAUUUCAAAUAUCAAAAAUAAUAAUUUAAUAAGAGUUAGAGAUUAUACAACUAAAUCAUUACUUUAUCCUAGCGAAAGCUUUCAAAAAAUAAUAUAUCAAAUGUUGUAUAUUGCCAAAUAUAUUUUACUUAAUAUUGACAAUGAAAGUAUAGGCAAGCAAUUGAUAUUGUUAUUUGAAAUAAAUAUAGAUUUCACAAUUAAAUGUCCUAUUCAUGAUAUAAAAGAUUUAAUUUAUGAUAAAUUCAAAAACUUUUUUCUAUUCACUUACAUCAAACAUAUAAACCAUAUUUUAAAUGGUUUGGAUAGAAGUUAUCAUUCAAAAAGUACAGAUAUUCUUAAAAAACAAGUUCUGGUUUUACAGAAACAUGCUGAAGAUUUGUUUUAA